AUGGAGAUGAAACUCAUAUUCAAACCGCUCAAUGUCCAGGAGCAAGAGGUUCGAGUUCUAACUAUCCAUCCGGAUAGAAAUUUUGAUAAUGAGAUACGUUGUUCUUUACGCACCAUAUCUCUGAAGAAGCCUGUCAAAUUCGAGGCACUAUCCUACGUAUGGGGAGGUGCUGAGGCGUCCGAAAAAAUAUUGCUCGAGGGUUAUAGAUUUCAAGUCACUCCCAACCUUGCUUCUGCACUCCACUAUCUUCGAAAUGGGUUUCGCAAGCGGGUGAUCUGGAUUGACUUCAUUUGCAUUGACCAAGGAAAUGCAGAAGAACGCAACAGCCAGGUUCUUUUGAUGGCGCUUGUAUACAGAAAAUGUACUCGCGUCAUUUCCUUCCUCGGAAACCCAAAUCGCGAGAUUGAGCGGAUGGUAUCUUGGACAGAGCGAUAUGUUCAUAAGAAGAUCAACAAAAGAACGAUCUACUGGUGGAGGCUUGACGGCAAAGCUUUUUUCUCGGCGAAGGCCCGACAAGAAAAGGAACUCGCUCUUGCUGAAGCUUACCACGGCACUGUCGAACUGUCAGCUCUUCCGUACUGGACUCGUUUGUGGACUUACCAGGAAUAUCAUUUACCUGAGUGCGAACCUCUUUGCGUUUGCGGUCAUUUGAAAUUCAAAGCCUGCAUAAUCAGCAAGCAAGUACGUGAAUUGUUGACUUUGGAAGUGGUUAGUGUCACCGAUCAGUUCUCGCAAAUGAAAUCUCAUGAACAUCGAAAAAAUCAACACGUCAAGAAGGUCGCGACUCAUUUGAUUAGUGAGGAUAGCGGAAUUUGUUUCACAAUGCACACAGAUAACCGCGGAGGCAAUGACCAAAACCGUACCGGUCAAUUAAGUCAGCUGCUUUGGAGAACACCCAGGCACCAGUGCUCAGAUCCACGUGAUAGGAUCUAUGCUCUAUAUGGAAUGGCUCCAGCGGCGCGGAAUGCAUAUCCACCCGACUACGAUAAAUCUGUGGGACAGGUGAUGAAAGAGGCCACAAAGUACAUUAUCGAGAAGGAGCUUGGGCUAAGGGCUCUUGAUGCGUUUGUGGUUCGCGAAGAUAAUACCUCAGCUGAUUUGCUUCCUUCCUGGGUCCCUGAUUUUACCAGAGACCUGACAACCGAAGGCAUUUAUGGUUCACAGUAUAUCUCUGUGAAACCUGAUAAGUCUCUGUUCGAAUGGGAAGCGCAAUACCAGCCUUACAUCUCUCCAGAUCUGUCCACGCUACACCUUUGGGCUCGUCGUGCAGGCAAUUGCAGAGUUCUUUUCCGUUUUCAUACAACCGUGCCGGGGACCGCUUUGCAAAUUGCGAGGUUCCUUGAUAGUGUCUCAAACCCCGGGGAUUCAGCCCGCCAUCAUGGGAUCAUCCGUUCAUUUUUGAUGCAUGAUCCCGAAUGCCUUAAAUUAGCUGCAGAAGACGUCUUGAGCGCAAUUCGAGAGAUAUCUACCCAUUAUUCUUAUAUUCAAAGAGGCUGGCAAACAGAACUCGUUUCAUCGGUCAUUGAUGCUUUGGGAGGAACCUGUGGUAAAUCGGUGUUUCUCACGUCUAAUUCAUCUGGGCGGUGUCUCGGGGUGAGUGGCUUAAAGGUGUCCAAUGGGGACCUGGUUGUUCUGGCUAGCACUGCAUCGCAACCGCUAAUACUGCGUAAAAAGGUGGCUAUGAAUCAAGCUCAGGAGCCACUUUUUUUUCAACUUGUCGGCCCAGCAUUCUUGGAUUUUAUUGUUGAAACGCAGACGCCCAAUGCAUUUUUGGACCAUCUGAAAACCCAGACCUAUGAAGAAUACUUAGUCGUUUAA